UGGGGGGUGUAUGUGUGUAUGGGGGCGGGUCAGGCUCUUGGUGCCGGAAGUGUUUAGUCGCUGAGCGGAAGUGACGAGAGUUUUUCAAACGGAGCGGCGGCGGCGCGAGCGGCAACAGUUACAGCGAGAAACACACAGACAACAGCCACAGACUAAAUCAAAAGCAGACACCAGUUUAAUUACUCGUACAGGAUUAUAGAAGCUACUGAUAUAGGAGGAGGAAAUGCCAAUUCGCGCCUACUGUACCAUAUGUUCGGACUUCUUUGACAAUAUCAGGGAUGUGGCAGCCAUCCACUGCGGGCACACUUUUCAUAAUGAGUGUCUUGCUCAUUGGUUUCACACUGCUCCAUCUCGGACCUGCCCUCAAUGUAGAAUACAGGUCAGUGCAAGACACAUCAUAAACAAGCUCUUUUUUGACAUAGGAGAACUGGAGCCAGUUUUGGAUCCAGAAAGCCUGCAGAAUGAAUUGGACAGAGUCCAGUCUCAGCUGUUAAUGAAAGAGAAAGAGAAGAAUGAUUGUCAGUCAAUAAUUGAUACACUAAGGGACACUUUGGACAAGCGCAAUACAACAAUUGAGUGUUUGAAGAAGGAGCUGAAAGAAACAGAUAUGCUAUGCUCAGCUAUAAAGAAACAACUCAAGUAUUUGGAGCAACAACAGGAUGGAACAAAGGCUGCAAAAGAGGAGGCACGUCGACUACGACAGAAAGUCAAAACAUUAGAAAGUAUUGAGGUACUGAUUCAGAGCCAGAGACCAGAAGUGGAGGCGAUGAUCCGGGACAUGGGCGUAGGGCAUUCAGCAGUGGAGCAAUUAUCUAUUUACUGUAUAUCACUUAAAAAGGAGUAUGAGAACCUGAAGGAGACGUUUAAAUCCUUCAGCGAUAUGACCGAGAAAUUGAAAAAAGAAAUGUUUACUGCUAACUGCAAGUUGGAAAAAACAGCAUCCCAGCUGCAGAAAGCCAAAGAUGACUUACAGGCAUCGCAGGAGGAUCUGCGUAAUGCAGACAGAGAGAUUGUGAGCUUAAAGAAGAAGGUAGAAUUUCUGCAGAAGUCCCUCAGCACACCGAAUCGCACCAAUGAAGCAAUCAGUCGCUUACUCUUUGAGAGCCCUGCUCCAGUCGACUUACAGCACCCUAAACUGCACAAACCAGCUGUGGGAGAGGACAUCGAUCUGAGUGUGGAUCACGACAUUUCCACUCCAGAUUAUAUUCUUUCAAAAUCCAUCAGUACACCAUCCAAGAAGAUGAAACUAGACCGAACUGGGUUGUUCAUCCCACAUAGGUCUGUUAAAUCGCUGGAGGACUCAAAGGCAAAUGAAGAUAAAGGUGACUUUAUUCUUCCAUCGUUACUCAGGAACUCCAUGUUGUUCAAAAAGAAGCCAUGCGGGAGCUUCUUGGAUUCACAGAAGGGAUGUGUGAGAACGGGCUUUGAUGGAUUGGGAGGAAGAACCAAGUUUAUUGAACCCACUAAAAUGACUGAAAUUCGGCCUCUACCAUUGAAGGCAAAAAGGAGGAAAACAUCACGACCAAUUGGAAGUAACACAAUCUCGAAACAACGCAAAUUAGAGAAUUUCCUUAAAUAAAAUUGAAAUGGUUUCUUAGACUUUGGGAAUGCAAUUCACAGUAGUGAGCAGUACUGCAAGUAGUGGAACAAGAUAAAGUUCAACUAACUCCAGGCCAAGGAUAGUAACGUUUGGACUGGUGGUGGGGUCUAGAAUAGCAUAUUAAUACUUGGUUUGUUGUUUCUGAAUGAAUGCACCUGUGCCUGAACUGUUUGGCUUUGCAGGAAUCUAAUAUACUUCAUAUUUGUCACGAUGAUUAAAGACACCAUUUACCACUGCAGAGGAAGAAAGCCUGGUUUGUUAUUACUUAUCUAGUGUAACCUCUCCUGCAGCCAUUCCAUUCCCUAAGGCCACCUUACUCCUUGAAGACCUAUUUGACACUAAAAGGAAGGAAAACCAUGUUGUCUCAAGUGUUUUAACUGGGGUAAGGAAAGAGAAGGAAGAAAUGGCUUUAUUUGAAAUUAACUCUCGACCAUGAAUAACCGUGGAGAGAGUCUAAGGUCUAAAUGACAAGUUUUGGACAAUGAUUUUUGUAUAUGGUGAAACCCAGCUUUGCCGAAGGCUGAUCUUCUGCAACUCCACUUGGUCCCCAAUCAAAGAAUGUCAAGUAGAGUUCCUAAGUUAAAACUACAUCUGGGA